AUGGCCGACAUACCUACUAUUCCAGAAGAUGUGCGCUGCUUAGAGUCACAAAGCUACUUUUCACAGGUCCCCGAAGCCAUCCGGGAGUGUGCUAAAGGCGAUGCCAUCAUCCUAGGCGUCGAUGAGGCAGGGCGUGGCCCAGUUCUGGGACCCAUGGUGUAUGGAGUGGCAUACUGCACUCGUGAAUACCAGGAUACUGAGGUCUGUCGUCAUGGUUUUGACGACUCCAAGAAGCUAACUGACCCAAUUCGCAGAAAGCUUUUUCGCAUGAUUUACUCUGGUGAACUCAAUGGCAUUGGAUUUGCUACAACGGCAAUCACCCCUGCGGAUAUCAGCGGCGGCAUGCUUCGCUACCCCCCAGAAUACAACUACAACCUAAAUGAACAAGCUCACGAUGUCACAAUGGCCCUCAUCCAGGGAGUUCUGGAUUCCGGCGUCGCUCUGGAUCAUGUCUACGUAGAUACGGUAGGCCCACCGCUUACAUAUCAGAAUAAACUAGAACGCCGUUUUCCAAGCUGCAAGUUCACGGUAGCCAAAAAGGCCGACUCCCUCUACCCAGUGGUAAGCAUUGCAAGUGUCAUAGCUAAAGUCACACGAGACGUAUGGCUCGAACUGCUGAAGUCACACCCAGGCGAAGAGCUUGGAUCAGGAUAUCCAGGUGAUCAAAAGACCAUCGCAUGGCUUAGGGCCAAUCUCACACCUUUAUUAGGCUGGGAUCCCGCUAUUGUCCGAUUUUCCUGGCAAACUUCACGUACACUAUUGGAAAACUCGCCGGAAGCCAUCAAGAUCGAGUGGGAAGAAGAUGCAUCCAAGAAGAAGGCCUCUCGCAUAACAUCAAGUAUGUUACAGCCUAAUCAACCAUUGAAUAUCACUUCUAACGUUGAUGCUGUUAUUUCUCUUGAUGCAUGGUAUGGGCAUGAGAAUAAGAUAUAA